GUUGGCUGUGGCUGGCGACUUUGCGAACUGACUUUUUACUUUCUGUUUCUCUACUUCCUUCUCGGAAUGUGUUUAGACAUAACACGCGUCUGAAGUGCUAAGUCACUGUGUGAAGUACGUGAUGGGGAUUUAAAACGUGUAUUUCAGCAGCCCGCAUCGUUUAUAGAACUUUGAAUUAUGCUGAAGUGAACAACCGACAUUUUUUUCAAUCAGACCAGCUGAAAACUCAUCGAAACACUGGAAAUGGAUUUCCAAAAGUUGCUGCUAGACGUAGGUAAGGCCCUGAGCAGAGACGACAUAAAAGCUUUAGCCUUUCUUUGCACUGACCUGUUGGGCCGAAACCCAAACUCUGUGGAGUCGGCCAGCGACCUUUUCUCUCGCCUGGAGGAUCAGGAUCGCCUGUCAUCUGAGAAACCACACCUGCUAAAGGAGCUUCUCCUCACCAUCCAGCGACAUCGCCUGGUCCGUGAACUCAGGCUCAGUGACCUGGCAACCACAAGUCUCAUCUCUCCCUACAGGAAGCUGCUCUACUACCUGUCUGAGGAAAUCACUGAUGAUCUGUUGAGAGAAGUGAAGUUCUUGUUAAACAAAGCUCUCCCACGUAGAAAACUAGAGGACAAUGUUACUACGCUGGAAGUCUUCAUGGAAAUGGAGCACUUGGACGUCAUUAGUGACACUAAUCUAGACACACUGGAGAACAUAUUUCAGUCAGUGUGUCCCAUGCUGAAUGGAGAGAUCAGGCGGUAUAAAGCACAGCAGGUGCCUAACACCAACCUUAUAGCUCAAGAAAUGAGUCGACCGAGGUCUUCGUCUUUUCCCUCUCAGACUUCCACAUCUUUACCGAGGACUGGCUCCAUUGAAAUGCAAGCAUUUCCACCAUUGGCGAUUUGUCCCAUGAAUUCUUCUAAGACCUCUGUUGAUUUAUUUCAUGGUGGAGAUGAAUGUGAGGCCCUGGCACAAAACCUGAGUAGUUUACACACUGAAGCUCGCAGAUGUGCCUCAUUGGAAGAAGUGAAACAUUAUGCUUUGGAAUACUCAUCAUCUCAAGAAAACACAAACUCCUCUGGAAAGCAGACAUCUCAGACUACAAACACACAUACUGAGGGUUUGGGAACAUAUCCCAUGACUUCAGCAAAGAGAGGUAUCUGCUUGAUAAUUAACAACUACAACUUCUCUGAAUCCAGAGUGGAAUUAAAGAAACGGGAGGGAACCAUGAUCGAUGAAAAGUGUCUGCAGGAGGUGUUUGAGUGGCUGGGCUUUGAGGUACAGACACACAGGGAUUGUGGCAAGCGGCAGAUUCUGUCUCUGGUAUCUGAGCUCAGCAGAAGAGAUCACAGUCAGAUGGACUGUUUUGUAUGCUGCGUCCUCAGCCAUGGCCUGGAAGGAGCCGUGUACGGUGUAGACGGGCAAGAAGUCAAGCUCCGCCAGCUGACUGACCCCUUUGAUGGCUUAAACUGCCCCUCGUUAGCAGAAAAGCCCAAGCUGUUUUUCAUCCAGGCCUGCCAGGGCUCCGUCGAGCAGCGGGCUGUCUACAUCGAGGCAGAUAGCGGGGCACCCAGUCGUAUUUGUAGCGAUGCUGUAAGAGCCAGAGACUCCAUCCCUUCCAAGGCAGAUGUCCUGCUGGGAAUGGCCACUGUGCCUUUAUUUGUCUCCUACAGAGACAAGACAAAUGGGGCGUGGUUCAUUCAAUCAUUGUGCCAAAACCUUGUUCAGAUGGUGCCCAGGGAGUGCGACCUCGUGUCCAUCAUGACAAAGGUGAAUGCAGAUGUUAGCAAGAAGAACGCUGGUUCAUACAAGCAGAUGCCUCAACCAUCCUUCUCACUCAGGAAGAAAGUGGUCUUUCCGGUACCCAAAAGCUCUCCUCCGAAUCUUCGGCCCGAGUUGCAAGUCUGCUCUCACAACAAAUGAUCUCUGGGAAAUGAGCAUACUUCUUUGAAAUGACAUUUUUUAAUCUGCUGGGCUUUUUUUCAGCGUCAGCUCCAUUUGCUGUUGAUGACAGUGGGGCAUCGAUAAAAGCUCGAAAAGGCUUGGAAGCAGUGUUCGCUUAUCCCACUGUUUUCUGAGGUUUGUAUGACAUGUUGGUAUGAUACUCAGGUACACACAAAUCUCAGCUGCCAUAGUCAUUUGAGAGCAUUGGCAAAAUAAGCACUUUUAUGUGAUUUUUUUUAUCUUUGUUGUGAUGAACUUUAUGAAUCAAUGAAAUAGAGGUGGUUCAUUAAUAUAAAUACCUGGGUGUCUGGAUUGAUGACUCCCUCACUUUCAAGCCACACAAGGAGAAUCUCGUGAAGAAGCUGAGGCUGAAAUUCGGUUUUUAUUUUCGAAGCAAGUUGCGUUUUUCUUUUAGUGUAAAAAAGCGGCUUGUCGUUGCAACUUUUUUGUCUAUGUUGGAUUCCAGAGAUCUUUUGUAUAUGAAUGCUUCUGCUCAAUGUCUUCAAAUGGUUGACACUAUUUACCACGCUUCUUUGGUUUAUUACCUCAAAAAAAGUGUCACCGCACCACUGUGAGUUAUACUCUCGGGUGGGAUGGCCAGCUUUAGCCACCAGAAGGAUCCGUCAUUGGUAUAUUUUCAUAUACUUAAUUGGACAUAAAGGGUUUUGUUUCCUCUGCACCUUCUGCCUUCACUAUGUUGCAGAAAGACUGGACACUGACUAAGUUAAUCUCAUUUUUUAAAUCUAAACUGCGAGUGCUUGAGGCUGUUUUUCAUAACUUGCUUGUAAAUUUAUGUAAAUUUGGGGGGUUAUUUUGUUUGUUUUUUGUUCAUGUUUUAAUUAUGUUUAAACUGUAAUUUUGUAAGUGUUUUGUAUUUGCUGCUGCCUAUGUUGGCCAGGACUGCCUUGAAAAAGAGGUUCUUAAUCUCAACAGGAUUUCUCCUGGUUAAACCAAGGUUAAAUAAAAAAAUAAUUAAAAAAUCAUGUUACUGUAUCUUAUAGCUAGGAAUAAAUCUGCACACAUAAUAAAUCUGUUCAAAUGCAAGAAUUUCUGACAAACCAAACAUAUUUUCUAUAUAACUACAUGCUCUAUUUUAUAAAAUGGACUCUUGUCUUUGUGUUUGUUUUUAUACUUGCAUUAAAAAGCUUCACGCUGAAA